CCCUCCCUGUUAUAUAUUUAUGGUCAUUAUAGGUUGGUGUGCUUGAACCAAUUUUCCCGAAAGCAUGAUCACCGGAAAAGACAUCUACGAUGUCCUCGCGGCCAUCAUCCCCCUCUACGUGGCCAUGAUCCUUGCCUACGGCUCGGUCCGAUGGUGGAAGAUCUUCACCCCGGACCAGUGCUCGGGCAUCAACCGCUUCGUGGCCGUGUUUGCCGUCCCCCUCCUCGGCUUCCACUUCAUCUCCACCAACGACAUCUACGCGAUGAACUACCACUUCAUCGCGGCCGACUCCCUGCAGAAGGUGGUCAUCCUGGCCGCCCUCUUCGUGUGGCACGCCAUCAGCAAGAAGAGCAGCCUGGAGUGGAUGAUCACCCUCUUCUCCCUCUCCACCCUCCCCAACACCUUGGUCAUGGGCAUCCCCUUGCUCAGGGCCAUGUACGGCGACUUCUCCGGCAACCUCAUGGUCCAAAUCGUGGUGAUGCAGAGCGUGAUCUGGUACACGCUCAUGCUCUUCAUGUUCGAGUACCGCGGCGCCAAGAUGCUCAUCACCGACCAGUUCCCCGACACCGCCGCCUCCAUCACCUCCUUCAAAGUCGACUCCGACGUCCUCUCCCUCAACGGCCGCGAGCCCCUCCAGGCAGACGCUGAGAUCGGCCACGACGGGAAGCUCCACGUCGUGGUCAAGCGAUCCACUUCCGCCUCCAUGAUCUCCUCCUACAACAAAGGGAUCCACUCCUCCGGCAUCACCCCCCGCGCCUCCAACCUCACCGGCGUCGAGAUCUACUCCGUCCAGUCCUCCCGCGAGCCCACCCCCCGCGGCUCCAGCUUCAACCAGACCGACUUCUACGCCAUGUUCAACAGCAAGGCCGCCAGCCCCAAGCACGGCUACACCAACAGCUUCGGCGGCGACGUCUUCUCCCUCCAGUCUUCCAAGGGAGCCACGCCUAGGACCUCCAAUUUCGACGAGGAGAUGAUGAAAAUGGGGAAGAAGAGGAACACCACAGGCCGCAGCAUGAGCGGGGAGCUUUUCCAUCCCCCGCCCCCGCCUCCGCAGGCCUCGUACCCGCCUCCCAACCCCAUGUUCUCUGGGCCCAGGAGGAAGGACAGCGGAAGCGCGAGCAACAACAACAACAACGUCAACAUCAGCAACACAACAAGCAGCGCCAGCACCGCUCUCCCCAACAUCAGCAACAGCAACAGCAACGCCAGCACCACUCUCCCCAACAAGGAGCUCCACAUGUUUGUGUGGAGCUCCAGCGCCUCCCCCGUCUCCGAAGCAAACAUGAGAAACGCCGUCAACAAAGCCGCCUCCUCCGACCUCUCCACCAUCGACGAUGCUGCUCUUGCUCAUUCCAGAGAGAACGGGAAGAAGGAGAUUGAGAUGGAGGAUGCAGUCAAGUUCCCACCAAAUGCAUCUCCGUAUUCAUGCCACAAGAAGAUGGAUAUGGAGGAAGGUGGAGUGAUGGACAAGAAAACACAGAUGCCACCAACAAGUGUGAUGACUAGGCUUAUUUUGAUCAUGGUUUGGAGGAAAUUGAUCAGAAAUCCCAACACUUACGCUAGUCUCUUUGGCCUCAUUUGGUCUCUUGUAUCAUUCAGGUGGAACAUUGAAAUGCCAUCAAUUGUGAAAGGUUCCAUUUCUAUUUUGUCUGAUGCAGGCCUUGGCAUGGCCAUGUUCAGCCUCGGUUUAUUCAUGGCAUUGCAACCAAAGAUGAUAAAUUGUGGGAAGUCUGUAGCCACAUUUUCAAUGGUUGUUAGGUUCUUAACUGGUCCGGCCGUCAUCGCCGCAACCUCCAUCGCCAUCGGCCUCCGCGGAGUUCUUCUACAUGUUGCUAUCGUUCAGGCUGCGCUUCCUCAGGGGAUUGUUCCUUUCGUGUUUGCUAAAGAAUACAAUGUGCACCCAGACAUACUUAGCACUGCAGUUAUUUUUGGAAUGGUGAUAGCCCUGCCCAUAACAAUUCUGUAUUAUGUGCUGCUUGGGGUGUAAGGCUGUGUUUGGCAGAGCAGAAUGGAGAAAUUGUUUGGGUUGCUGAAUCCAAGAAGAAGAGAUAAAUUUAAUCAAAUGUGAUUCUCCUAGAUUAAACUUAGAUGCAGGCUUGGAUAUUAAUUAUCCUUCAUUGAAGUCAGUGUACAACUAGGAAAUCAUGUGCCUCUUCUCUGUUAGCUUAUUAUAUUAUACAAAUUUUUUUUAAAUAUUCCUCGUCAGUUUUCCUUUUUUGUCUUAGAAUAAAAUUAGUACAAUUUCUAGAUGAGCUAUUUAAAUUAAUAGUAGUAUUAGCUUA